AUGUUUGGAAUUCGAUUGAAACGAGCGAACGAAUUAUUCAGAUCUCCUGCUGCUGUUCGUGACGGAGGCAUUUACCGUGCCACGGAAGGCCAAGGCGGUUAUCUCGCACGUCCUGCCCGAACAACUAUUCAAGCUUCAUCUGGGUAUCGUGGUGUCCAAGUGGCUCCAGAGCGCGGUUUGCCUCAUACUCAGCAGCAUCAACAGCAACCGCACUUUUUCGUUGCUGGCUACAAUGGUGCACCUGUGGCGCGCAGGGUUAUGACCACGGCUCCAAUGUCGGGCUCACCAAUGGUACAAAAACGUACUGCGCCGCGCAUCGUGUCUACUUCCGCACAAAUGCGUCUCCCUGGCCAGCGCAUGGGCGGAAAUGUUCCACAUGUGCCCAUGCAGCAGCAGAGUCAACGCCAAUCUUCAGCGGUUGUAGCGGCGCCACCAGUGCAACGUCAAGUGGAUCCUCCACCGCAUAGAUCAUUCCAUCAAACACCCGACACAUCACAUCGUGUCGUCCUAGUGCAGUCGGGUGGCAGUUCUCGUGUUGCUUUUUCACCUGCAGAUCCCAGCCAAGCUGCACUUGCUAAUGCUCCUGCUCCGCUACUUGUAACUAGUCGCGGAACAAGGCCAAUUGUUCGUGGAAGAGGUACGCUAUUCGACGUGUGGAUCGUCAGUUUCUCACAGCUAGCUCUAAUUUUUCAAUUAUUACGAACAGGAGGAAGUGUAACAGGCCGCGCCAAAAAAGAGAGUACGAGUGGCGUGUCGGGAGAGGAGACAUCUCCAACGCAUUCUCCACAGGCAGUUCCCCGCAUUCCUUUGAGCACACCUGUGCAUGGCACUCGCACGACGCCAAUAUCUCCUCGCAAACAGGUGCACUUUUCCGACGGCGUUCCCGUUGGUCCAGGUGCUGGUGGAGUACCUUCACCUCUCCGCAUGCAGGGAAUGCCGCCAACUUCCCUCCACCCAGAUGCCGAUACACCAUCCCAUCAGGCUGGCUUACGGUCACCCUCAAGACUUACGUCGGCUCGUGUUCGUCCACCAGCUCCAUCUGCGGUGGCUCCUUCUACGACUGCAUCGGCGGUAGCAAGCGUCACGUCACCAUCGAGAACAGUCCAUACCACUUCACCGGAAACACCACCUUUACCUGAAAACUUUGUGGACGACGCUGAGGCUGCUUCUCAGAAUUAUACCGAGUCUGAGGUCAAUAAGAAUUCCACUUUACCUCCCGAAGUCAUUGCCGCUGCUACUUCACUAUCUGCUGAGAGCGAUGUGAACCAUCCACAGUGGACCAAUAACGACAUUUCAGCCGAGGAUAUCAAGGCGAAGAUUGAAGCUAUUAGUCGCGAAAUCGCUCAGGCGAAAUGGAGCAGAAAAAGAUGGAGUCAGAAGCGCAAGCGCGAGAGAGAAAGCGUCCAGGAAGCGAUGUGUCUACUGCAAUGCGUCGUCGCUCCGGAACUGAUUCCCAGUUCAGUGGGGGUGAGGAGAUGGAAACAGGAGGCCCAAGGCAGAACGCGAUCGUCGCUGAGCAGCAGCAGCAGUACGAGUUUGGCUGCAACGAGUACUACACCAUUACACCACGAUAUUUCUGAGGGACCAUAUGGUGCCGCAAAAACUGCUGAUUACCAGUCAUCUCGUGUUGCUGGACGUUCAUCUGUUAGAGGAAAUGUUGUACCCAUCACUGCAUAUGAUGGAUCGAUGGCGCCGGAAUUGCCUCCACCCUUGCCUCCAAUAUCAGGCGCUCAAACAUUACGUGGAUCCUACCAAAGCCCCGGAGUAGCCCAGUCACCUCACGCGACUCAGCGAACUCCUAUGGAUCAAUCUCCACUUUCACCAGGCUACCCACGAAGAGGAGUCAACGGAGUUUCGCCCGAAGAAGAUCUCGCCAACGUUAGCACCGACCCUAGCAGUGACGAGGAAGAAGCUACAGAGGAAGCUGAAUGGGGAGAUUACGUGACGCGGUGUCUGUGUGAAAUGCAACACAAUGACGAAUGGAUGGUGGAAUGUGAGCAAUGCAAUGUUUGGCAGCAUAUGAAGUGUAUGGGUAUUGACCCAAAGAAGUUCAACCAAAAUGAUACAUACCUUUGCGAAUACUGCAAACCACGACCACUCAAAUGGACAAAGAAGCAAGCACAGGAAUUGCAGUUGAAACAGUUGAAAGCUGUUUCACGUGAAAAAGAACGGAAGAUGGCUGAGAAGUUGAGGAGGCGAGAAGAACGAAAACGUGCUAAGCUCAGUCAGCGCUUGAAGGAACGCAACCAUGCCAAAACCGCCAAAAGAGGUCCCGCAGCCUAUAAGAAGUUCCAGUUGAUUAGUCGCAACGAGUAUACAAAACGAGCGAAACAAAUGUUGGCUCUCUUUGAUACCACUGCUGGUGCUCAAAGUAUUCUGGAGAAUUCUCGCGACCUAAAGCGUGGAAAGCGUAUGUUUGUCGCACCGGAUAUUGAAGGUCUUGUAUCUACUGAAGCUAUAAAGCAAGAUGAUGUCAUAAUGGAAUAUGUGGGGCAUGUUUGCUUACCAGACGAAUGUCCUGGAAGGUUGCAGCGUGGUGCACUGCAGCCAUAUUGUGUUUUAUACAAUGGUCUUGGACAGAACCUCCUUUGUAUUGAUGCUCGUCGUCAGGGAAGUGAAGCCCGAUUCGCACGCAGAUGUUGUCGAUCUAACUCUACUCUUAAACAUGUGUUGUUAAAUGGCUGUAUUUACGUCAUGUUAGUUGCAUCAGAAAGGAUUGAAAAGGGAACAGAGGUCACCAUACCGUUUGAUUGUGAUUUCCGUGACACUUUGGUACCUGUCGAAUGCGCCUGUGGAGAGGAUCCGAAUUGCUAUAUGAAGCAGUUCAAUAAUUCUCUUCGUUGCAAAGCGUCAUUUGAAGAACGACCAAAUCAUGAUGUUACCGCGCAGCAACCUCAAGCUUCAAAUGGAACAGCUUCUGGCCGAAGAGUAGCAGCUACGCCCCAUAAAGUGAAGACGGAGACCCGCGGUCGACCUAAGGGAAGUGGCAAAAAGGAGAAGGUUGCCGAUGAUACUCCACGGAAGAAGGGGCCCGUUGGCAGGAAACCAAGGAAGGUUGGAAUCCGUCUCCGUCGACAUUCUGACAGCAAGAACACGAAAUCGUCAGAUGAGUCAAUGGAACAGAGUGCCGAAGCUGACGCUGCUGACAAAACGGAAGAAAAAGUGGCUGAAGCGCCCGAAGAAAAGAAGGAGGCUGCAGAAAAGGAAGAGCCACAGGCAGCAGAGGUACCAACGACGGUCCCCGCCGUUCCAGCGGAGAAGCCUGUCGAGGAAGUCAAGGUGGAAGAAAAGACAAACGAUUCAGCCAGCGCAGAAUCCACAAAGCAAACUGAACCCUUGAACAAACAAGCUUCGGAUGGAAAUAAGUCUGCACCGACUUCUCCGAAAAAGGAGGAGCAGCGACCGAGUGGUGGAAGACGUCGAAGCAGUACAGGAUCGAGCCGAUUUCCCAAAAGGGAAGCGAUCGAGCAACUGAAGGAGGUCAUGGAUUACACCCUACCUGAGGACAGAAACAAGCCUAGUCGAGAGGAGAGGAAACUUCAAGCUGCUCUAGCGGCUAUUGAAAGGAAGGAGGAAAAAGAGAAAAGAAGAGCGGAAGCUCACAAGGACUCAAGCGAUGCCAAAGAGAAAAGGGGCCCUGGACGACCGGCUAGAUCAAGCACUGGAGGCACUGGAAAGGCGGGAAAGCGCCAGUCGGAAAAGCAUAAUGAUAAGGAGAAGAAACCUGAGCCUGUCGUUGAACCAUCUGUCAGGGAAAGCCCACGUGGAAAGAAGAAGAGUGCGUUUCCCUCCAUUGCAAUAAAUGUUUCGAAUAUCUCUGUUUUACUGGUCUCAUUGUUUGCACUUUUAGGAGACGAGUUCAAGGAAAACGAGGUCGAUGAAGUUUCUACUAUAGCUCAGCCACCCAGAAAACGGUGGGCAGCUGCUGUGAAAGAGAACGAAGCCGCUCAACGAGCCUCUUCGCCUGAGGUGACGUCAUCAUCAUCAGCUACCUCGAUGGGAGCUGCGGAUGUCAGUUCGGCAGAUUCAGUCAACCCAAGUAGCGUUGGUGGGAAAAAGCUUUGGUUGCGACGACACGCAGCAGAAUCAAUCAGUGAGGAAAGCUUGCAAACGGCUGAUACUGCAGCCUCUUCGGAACCUUUAACGUGUGCGGCAGAUUCCACCAGUGACAUUGCCGCAUUGCCAUCGAGAAUCCAGAUGAGUCCUCCUUUGAAGAAAAGACGGCACAUGCUCGAUGCUUGUCAAUCUGAUGAACAUGUAGCUGCAACAGCGCUUGCGCAAAUGGGAGCGAAAGCUGAGGGGUUUCGCUUCCAUUGGAAUAUGGCCUUACGGUAUUUGAUGCCCAACCUCAACGAAAGCCUGAAUGUGGAUUUUGACUUGGCCGACUCUGUGCGGAAACCACUACCUCUACCGUCAGUACGUCAACCUGUCACUACGCUUCCUUCGGUUUCUGUGGAUGCAGCGAUGGCCACAUCAACAUCGUCACAAGCGCCAGCGGCUUCGCCAGUUGAAGUGAGAAAGGCGAAGCGGCUGAGCUUGGAAGACUAUAAAAGACGUCGUAGUACAAUGGGGUCUUCUGAGAACACCAGUGCAUCAGCUGGUGCUGCGACAGCACAAACUGCGACUGGAAAUCUUGUCGAUCUCAGACUUCGAAGUGGAGAAACUAAUACUCGGCCUACUCGAUCAUUUAUUCCCACCAUGGAUACCUCACUGGAUCAAAGCGCACUUUUGCGGCCUUUGGACAGUUCUAUUCCCAUUCCGCCAUUAGGUGUGCCACCAGAUUUGGAAGUAGUCAAGAAAAUGAUUCUGGAAGAGUCAUGUAUUCCUACUCCUCCGGUACCUCCUACGUUACCACCACCAGUCGAUACUCCAGCAAGUACUGUGCCUGCUUCAUCUAGUGAUAUGUCUAUCGGUUCCAGCUCAGAGUCUGGUGAAGAAAGGAUGUCACUUGCUGAUCGUUUGGCGAAGGAGUUUGGUGUUGGUACCGCCGGGACUCCACGGUCUCCAAAAUCAGUUCUCUCAUCUGGCCAUAGGGCGAUAUCAUUAAGAGAUGUACCGCCUCCACCUCCUCCAGGACCGCGUCCAACUCGUAAUACCCGUUGGUGA